AACCCCAAAUAUCACCAAACAAAAUAUUGCAGAGAACCCCACUUACCUAGACACAUCAAAUUUUGGUACUCAAAAAACAAACCUGCAGCCAUGUUGGAGUCUGAAAGGUUCAAGAAAAUUCAGCAGAACAGGAAGUGUUUUGCCUACAUCGCUAUCUUUGUUGUUCCAAAUCAUAGUCCUGGCCAUAUUCGGAGCAACGGUGAUGAAAAUUAAAACUCCGAAUGUGAGGCUGAGAUCGGUGACGGUCCAAAGCCUAGACUAUAGUUCUUCAGGUAGCAAUUCACCAUUCUUCAACAUGACUUUGAUUGCUGAAGUUUCUGUGAGGAACAAGAAUUUCGGGCAGUUCAAAUUUGAUCCGACAAAAGCUAAUGUCACAUUUGGGGGCGUCAUAGUGGGGCAAGGUGAUCUAAUCAAAGCAAGAGCCAAGGCUAGGAAGACGAGGAGAAUGAACGUGACGAUUGAAGUGAGCUCUGAUGGCAUAUCGGACGGUGCUAAGCUUGGGACUGAGGUGAGCUCAGGGAAUGUGACAUUAAGCACUCUUGCUAGGGUUAGAGGUAAGGUAACAUUGAUGAAAUUGAUGAAGAAGCGCAAAACAGCACAGAUGAACUGCACAAUGAUUGUCAAUUUACCGAACCAGCUUGUUUAUGAUUUGGCUUGUAAAUGAUGAGCUUGAUUUUAUCUUUGUUCUUGCUCA